ACAGACGAUAAGAUUGAUUCAGAACCGAAGAUUAAAAAACUGGAGCCAGUUCUUUUGCCAGGAGAAAUCGUCGUAAAUGAAGUCAAUUUUGUGAGAAAAUGCAUUGCCUCGGACACAAGUCAGUACGAUUUGUGGGGGAAACUGAUAUGCAGUAACUUCAAAAUUUCCUUUAUUACAGAUGACCCAAUGCCACUGCAGAAAUUCCAUUACAAAAACCUUCUUCUAGGUGAACAUGAUGUCCCUUUAACAUGUAUUGAGCAGAUAGUCACGGUGAAUGACCACAAGAGGAAGCAGAAAGUCCUAGGCCCAAACCAGAAACUGAAAUUUAAUCCAACAGAAUUGAUUAUUUACUGUAAAGAUUUCAGAAUUGUCAGAUUUCGCUUCGAUGAAUCAGGUCCCGAAAGUGCCAAAAAGGUAUGCCUUGCAAUAGCUCAUUAUUCCCAGCCAACAGACCUCCAGCUACUCUUUGCAUUUGAAUAUGUUGGGAAAAAAUACCACAAUUCAGAAGCAUAAACUGCAUCUUUAAGAUCAAAGGAAGCCUGAAAUUUCCACACACUGCAGUCAGAAUUCAUUAAUUUGUGAGUGAAAGAUGCCCAAUAAUCCACCCUUGAACUUCUGGAUGACACCUUGAUUGAUUGGCUGGAUUAAAGAAGUCCUUUUUGCAGGCAGCCAACAAAGUUAAUGGAAUACCCUCGGGAGGUGGCGGCGGCGGCGGCCUCGGAGCUGGUGGUGGCAGCAGCCUAAAAACUCCACUGUUUGAAACGUACUCAGACUGGGACAGAGAAGUGAAGAGGACGGGUGCUUCCGGGUGGAGAGUUUGUUCUAUUAACGAGGGUUAUAUGAUAUGCACUUGCCUUCCAGAAUACUUUGUAGUGCCAAGUUCCUUAGCAGACCAGGACCUGAAGAUCUUUUCCCAUUCUUUUGUUGGAAGAAGGAUGCCAUUCUGGUGCUGGAGCCACGCUAACGGCAGUGCCCUUGUGCGAAUGGCCCUCAUCAAAGACGUGCUACAGCAGAGGAAGAUCGACCAGAGGAUUUGUAAUGCAAUAACUAAAAGUCAUCCACAGAGAAGUGAUGUUUACAAAUCAGAUUUGGAUAAGACUCUGCCCAAUAUCCAAGAAAUACAGGCGGCUUUUGUAAAACUCAAGCAGCUGUGUGUUAAUGAACCAUUUGAAGAAACUGAAGAGAAAUGGCUGUCUUCACUGGAAAAUACACGGUGGUUAGAAUAUGUAAGGGCAUUUCUUAAACAUUCGGCAGAACUUGUGUACACACUAGAAAGCAAACGACUCUCUGUAGUCCUGCAAGAGGAGGAGGGAAGAGAUUUGAGCUGUAUUGUAGCUUCUCUCGUUCAAGUGAUGCUGGACCCCUAUUUUAGGACAAUUACUGGAUUUCAGAGUCUGAUACAGAAGGAGUGGGUCAUGGCAGGAUAUCAGUUUCUGGACAGAUGCAACCAUUUAAAGAGAUCAGAGAAAGAGUCGCCCCUGUUCCUGCUGUUCUUGGACGCCACGUGGCAGCUGUUGGAGCAGUGCCCAGCGGCCUUCGAGUUCUCUGAGGCCUACUUAGCGGUGCUGCACGACAGCACCCGCGUCCCCCUGUUUGGCACCUUCCUGUUCAACUGUCCCCACCAGCGGGUGAAGCAGAGCACGGAAUUUGCUAUAAGCAAAAAUAUCCAGUUGGGUGAUGAAAAGGGUUUAAAAUUUCCCUCAGUUUGGGACUGGUCUCUUCAGUUUACAGCAAAGGAUCGCACCCUUUUCCACAACCCCUUGUACAUUGGAAAGAGCCCACCUUGUGUCCAGAACGGUUCUGCCAAGUCUUUUAAACAGACAAAGAAGAGCUACAGCUCCACCCUGCGAGGGCUGCCCGCCGCCUUGAAGAACGGCGUCAUCGGCGACCAGGCAGCGCUGCCCCGGCGGAACUCCUUCAUCCUGAGGGCAAAGCCGGAGCCCGCUGGGCCGGGCCACCCGGGCGACGACCAGGACGGCGGCCUGGACCAGUACUUGCGGGCGUGGCUCUCCCGCCCGGCCGACCUGCACGGCGUCAUCCUGCCGCACCUCUCGGGGGCGCACAUCAAGCUGUGGAAGCUCUGCUACUUCCGCUGGGUGCCCGAGGCCCAGAUCCACCGCGGGGGCGCCAUCACCGCCUUCCACAGGCUCUCCCUGCUGGUGGACGAGGUGGACGUGCUGACCAGGACGCUGCGGCAGCACCGGGGCGGCCCGCUGGAGGCCCGCUACGCCGAGCGGGACCAGGGCAGGAUGUACUUCCGCGCCCGCGGCCCCCGGGACGCCUCGGCGCCGCCGGACUUCCUCUCCUCCUCGUUUCCCUUUUCCCCCGUGGGCAAUCUGUGCAGACGCAGCAUUUUAGGAACGCCGUUAAGCAAAUUUUUAAGUGGGGCCAAGAUAUGGUUAUCUACUGAGACACUAGCAAAUGAAGACUAAGCUGCAGGGUUUCUCUGAGCAUUCUGGGGGAGCUGUAAGCAUUUUCCUCCAUGGUUUUUAGCUAACCCAGGCAUCUGGAGCUCUAGUAAUUUUAUAUGUAAGAGUAACAGUUGAAAUUUGCACUAAUACUUAAAAACAUGUUGAAUUAUGCUUCCUUCACAAUAUUUUGAAAAGAUAGGCAUAGAUUUUGAUAUUUACAUUCUCUUGCCAUCAUUCUAGGUCUGGCUUGCUUUAGGUGAUUUGCAGGCAGACAGCCCCACGACCUCAUUACUGUGAUCAAACUAAUCAGGUUUUGUCUGCAGCAUUUAUUUUGUCUCCAUCCAUUUUUCCAACCACCGACUAAAGGUUCCCUGAUCCGUCGGAUUAGUAACUCAAAGAAGCAGACAUCAGGAAAGUUAAGAAAUUAGUAUUUCCAAGAAGCAUCCAAUAAACCCCCAAUGGGUGUUAGUAGGUAUUUUAUUUUUCUGGUCACCUUGUAGUAUCUCUAAUCGUACUCACCUGAGAGUUGUAACAUGUUUUAACACCAUAAUUUAUUUUAGAUCACUUUGUUUGGGACCGUAGAUCACUGUGUUUUAAAAUCAUGAGUUUGCUUUUAACUUCAUAGGACUAACUUUAAAACGAUAUGCACUGUGACUUUAAAAGCAUUUGUUGUAGCUAGUAUAAUGAAACUUAAAUGUGCCUUUGACAUUAAGAUGUGAAUAACAGAGUUAAAUAGAAUUUUUUUUUAAUUUGGGUGUUAAAAAGAGUCCCGCUGCAUGUUGGAGAGAGGCUGUUCACACUAAACUUCAUUCUUACUGAUAAAGCCACACUUCCCUCUGCAGGUCUCUGGGGACCUGGCGGGCCUGUUGGGGUGGUGGGGAGGGGUGUUGGCAUUGGUGUGACAGCAUCACUGACACCCCCCCAAAAAAAAUGGGCCUCUGUCAGUAGCCCAGUGUGCUCAUUUCCCUUGGCGAUACUCAUGAGGUCAAGGGUCAGGUCACCUGCACAGAAGUCCCUCCUCCCUCAGACAGAGUGCUUCAUGCUUAGGCUGGAGAACAGAAUCAGUGUCCUUGUCAGUCCUGCCGUCUCAGCACACAGCGAGAGCACCCCGCCCCAGCCUCUGACAGCAGUGUUACGGGGCAGGGGACAGAAGCACACACGGUGUAGUCUUGGUCUGAAAGUCCCUGGCCUUGAAAUCGUGUGACGGGAGCCGAGCCAGAGCUGUGGGGCCAGCGCUGAGCCUCUUAGGGCCGUGACGUCCACGACAUUCCCCCCCGCCCCCUCACGUCCUGUUUAAAACUGUGUGGCUGUUACUUAGAGUUUCUUAAACUGCCAACUUAAGCUUUUUAAAAAACUUUUAUGGUAAAGUGUCUGGUUAGCUAAUAUCCUUUUCUAAAACAAGUUUUUUCAAAGCGGUGUUUUUUACCUUUAUAUGUAGCAGAUAGCUGUUUCUUUUUGAAUUAUUUGCUUUUUAAAAAUUGAUAACUUCUCUGAAUUUAAAGGGAUGGAAGUUCCUGUACAAUGACUUAGGAAAUUCAUCUUGUGGAUAAACCCAGUGUUUUUGCCAACUUGCAUAGAAAAUAAGGGCUUUUUUCAGUUUAUAUAAACAGCACCGUUGUCAUUAAACAUUUUACAGUCCUUGAUUGGAAACCAGCUCCAGUCUCCUUCAGACACCACCGCACAUCUGCUGCUGAAAGUCUAAUAACUUUGCCCUUUUCCACUUGGCUGCUUUUUUAUUAUUACAAGUUCUAAAUUUGUUACUGUUUUGAGGGUUGAGCAUUGAUUUCUCUAUAGCUUUCUUCCCUCACACAUUCAUUUCAACCCCAUUAGUAAUUCUUUUUGUUAAUUUACAAGUUUAAAAAUGAUUAGGUACUGUUAAUACUGUUUUAAAAUAGAAAAUGUGCAUAUUUUUGUAUGAUAAUCAAAUGUAGUAAACUACGGUUUUUUUGUUCCACUUUUGCUGAACAGUUGUAUCAUGAUUAUUGUGCCAGUUUCUUGUGCAUAAUAUGAAAAACAACUCUUAACAGCCUCGCGUCCUGGCCGCUGCGAAGCUGCUUGGCACCGCUGCUGGCACAGAGGACGUGUGGGGACAGAAGUCCAAGCGUGGUGAUGGACGCUGGACCACAGAGCUGGCAACCUGUGCUGACGGAGGGCCACGCCGUGUCAGACAGCUUGGACUUUCUAGGGUCGAACUUAAAGAUGUAGUGUCUUAAUUGUUGUUUUUUGAUGAAAACCAGUCUUAAAAACCAAAACUGUCUAACUUUA